CUGGAUUCAUCUUCGAACCUCCUUGAGAUCGUGUCAAAAUGGAACGUGAAUAUAUGGCGAAACUCAACAUUUACUGUCAAAGGAAAAACUUUUCACUGAAAUAUGAUGACUUAGGGAAGUCUGGUCCAUCUCAUGAUCCUGAGUUCACAGUUGUGGUUAAAAUAAACAAUGUGGAAUAUGGUAAAGGUACUGGUAAAAAAAAGAAGGACGCAAAAGAAGUAGCAGCAAAACAGACCUGGGAAAUGAUUGAGAACCAGCUGAAGAGUCCUUCAAAUGGGCAAAGUGUGGAAGAAAUAACAUCUCGACCACCUGUACCGGAUAUAGACUAUGUCAGCCUACUAAAUAUAUAUUCACAAAGGACGUCACAAUUAGUCGAUUAUCCUACCAAAAAACGUGUUGGAGAAGCCCAUGCUCCCAUGUUUUUUUGUAGCUGUACAAUUAGUGGUGUUGUGUAUGGAACUGGCACUGGGCCUAAUCUAAAUGCUGCAAAAAAAGCUGCUGCAAAAGAAGCAUUUGAGAAGCUGAAUAAGCAAGACUAUCUAACAAUGGAAACUGAAAAAUCUAAUAGCCAUUCUACAUGUAGUGAAGAUAAUUUCUCUCAAGUGCCACCUGAGUCUGACUCAGAUGGUGUUUCCUUUGAAGACUCACAGGAAAAUUUGGUAGAAAAAAUCAAAGACCUGGCAAUAUGUCCUUCACCUUCUCAGAUGGGUGCACAAAGUUCUGCCCUAAAAUCCAGAAGAAAAUUAGCAGCUAAUUUUGGUAAUGCAAGAAACAAGGAAGAGAAAAGGAUGGCAGGUACAGAUACAAAAUUGCCAGACUUGGACCCAAAUACCAGUGAAGAGAAUAAAAGUCCAUUCACUGUGAAUGAAAGAUUCCUUAAGAGUUUUGAAAAUAUAGAGUAUAUUGGUGAAGGUGGUUUUGGGAGUGUUUUCAAAGCAACAGCAAAGCUCGAUAAGAGAACCUAUGCAGUCAAACGAGUUCUAUUCACAAAGAAUGUAUUGCGUGAAGUAACAACACUUGCGAAACUUGAGCAUGAAAACAUAGUGCGCUAUUAUGAUAGCUGGGAAGGUAAUGACCAUGAAACUCAUCCAGUCUCAAGGCAGAAAUCAGACAAAACAAAUACCUAUCUUUUCAUCCAAAUGGAAUUCUGUGAGCAAGGGUCAUUGGAAGACUGGAUUGGAAAGAACAGACAAGACCGAAAGUACUAUCAGAUGGCACAAAACAAAUUUUUACAAAUACUGAAAGGAGUGAAUUAUAUUCAUUCUGAAGGGUUAAUUCAUCGAGACCUCAAGCCUGAAAAUAUAUUGAUAUCACGUGAAGAUAAAGUAAAAAUAGGCGACUUCGGUCUUGUGACUUCCAUGGCGUAUGAGACUUUCACCGAGAACAGAGGAACAAAAUCAUAUAUGGCACCAGAACAGGUUGGGGACAGAUACGGAAAGGAAGUAGAUAUUUAUGCACUGGGAUUAAUUUGGUUUGAAAUUCUUUCACCAUUAUUUUGUCAGGAGAAAAUGGAGGUGUGGCCUAGUGUUAAACAAGGUCAGCUUCCAGAGAACUUCACCAAUGGAUUUCCAGCAGAGGCACCAAUAAUCAAAAAGAUGCUUUCAAAAGACCCUUCAGGAAGAUACUCUGCAUCUGAAAUACUACAUUUCUUAAAGUCUGAUAAAUACAAGUCACUUAAAACUCACACUCAGUAAAUGCCCUUUUCAAGAGCUUCCAGACUGUGCUUAAAUCCAGAAUUUGAUGGCAGUUGAAACUGAUGAAAUAACAGUAAAUUUCAGAAGCAACAGCAAUACUUUUCUUCGGUGUUUCACCUUCCUGCCAUUGAAGAGUACAUCAGCUAAAACGGUCACAUCACCAUUCACACCCACCAGCUGCAGAACAGGACAGCAUACUUCUGCAAGCCAAUUACUUGUGAUUCUUACCUGAAAAAGAGAAGUUCAAUAAGUACAGGAACCUAGUCCUUGUCUCUUAGAAGACUAAGUUUAUGUCAUGCUAACUAGUCUGGCAAAUCCCUGUAUGCGUGCUCUUAACAUGUGCUGCACCUGUUAUCAGUUGAGAUUACCUCCUGCUUUCCAUGGAAGAAGUGCUGUCUUGUGAUAUGUGACCCAAACUCUUCAGAUUUCUUCAGUGAUGUUUUUAAUAAUUACUGGAAUGAUCCUGUUGAUACCAAGACCAAUUUUGGUAUAACAGAUACUCAGAACAGGCAUAUGGGUUAUUCUUCACUGAAUUUCAGUUGAAUCACAGGAUGCCAGGUUGGAAGGGACC